GGAGAUCAUGUGAGAGUCCACGCGCCGAAAGAAGGUUACAGCAACGAGCGAUAAGAGACAGUGAGCACUAGUACAGGAACGAGGUGGGAAGACCAGGAGUUGGCCACAAUAUUUUAUUGCGAACAGUCCACGCUGAAUCACAGGAAGAAUACUUGUGCUACACGGAGUAAAUACGUUAACAAUCUUAACCUAUUCGUUUGAUAUUUUGUUUGUUUCACAGACCAGCUAUUAGAAAACAUAUUAGGAUUUGUUGUUUUUACUUUCAACAGCUCCUUUUCGGAGCGAAAAGGCGUAUAUCGUCUUUAUAUUCCUCCGUUUUAUUUUGCGACUCAAAUAUAAUACAGCAAGAAUAUGAGAGCACAAAUUGAAGUAAUACCCUGCAAGAUCUGCGGGGACAAGUCAUCAGGGAUCCACUAUGGCGUAAUCACCUGCGAAGGCUGCAAGGGCUUCUUCCGACGCAGCCAGCAGAACAAUGCUAUAUACUCCUGUUCACGGCAGAGGAACUGUCUGAUUGACCGCACCAAUCGGAAUCGCUGCCAACACUGCCGGCUGCAGAAGUGCCUGGCCCUAGGCAUGAGCCGUGAUGCUGUGAAGUUUGGCCGCAUGUCCAAAAAGCAGAGAGACAGCCUGUAUGCUGAGGUCCAGAAGCACCAGGCGUCCCAGGAGUUAACUGCCGCCCGCGAGGAGGGAGGCGAGGUCGGAGGUCAUGGCCGGGCAGACAGCAGAGGCUCCAGUGCCGCCCUCAGCGACCUUGAUGACAUCACCCUGCCGGAUGGCCUGCUGUGUGACCUGCCCCUGACACCAGAGGGCGCCGAAAGAGAGUACUGCAAUCUGGAAAUGAUGGGGGGCAGCAGCUCCUCCUCUCAAAGCUCGCCCGAACAGAAUGGACUGGACUUCGGAGACAGCAACCACCACAUCAAGCAUGAGUACCAGCUGCUGCACGAGUCCGGCCUGUUUACACACGCGCUGCUCAACCCUCUACCCGAGGGGUUCUCCAUGCUCGAGAUUGAGCGUAUAACUGCUAGUGUGGUAAAGUCUCACAUAGAGACCAGUCAGUACGGCAGUGAGGAGCUGAAGAGGCUCGUCUGGUCCCUGUACACCCCUGAGGAGACACGCAGCUUCCAGAGCAAGUCUGCGGAGGUCAUGUGGCAGCAGUGUGCCAUCCACCUCACCAAUGCCAUCCAGUACGUGGUGGAGUUUGCCAAGCGCAUCACUGGAUUCCUGGAUCUCUGUCAGAACGACCAGGUCAUUCUUCUCAAAGCAGGAUGUCUGGAUGUGCUUCUGAUUCGCAUGUGUCGCGCCUACAAUCCCAUCAACAACACUAUUCUGUUUGAUAGCAAGUUUGCCAGCGCACAGACCUUCAAAGCUCUUGGUUGUGAUGACCUUGUGGGUGCUGUGUUUGACCUGGCCAAGAGCCUGAGUCGUAUGCAGCUCUCUGAAGAGGAGAUGGCUCUGUUCAGUGCUUCUGUUCUCCUGUCACCAGACCGACCAUGGUUGACAGACAGCCAACAGGUACAGAAGCUUCAAGAGAAAGUGUAUCUGGCUCUGCAACAUUGUCUACACAGAGGUGGCUCAUCAAAGGAGAAACUGGCAAAGAUGGUGUCCAAGCUUCCCAUGAUGAAGUCCAUCUGCAAUCUCCACAUUGACAAGCUCGAGUUUUUCCGCCUGCUCCACCCGGAGACUGCAUACAAUUUCCCCCCUCUGUACCGUGAGGUGUUCAGCAGUGAAAUCACCUUCCCAGACUCCACAAUGGACUAAAAAUCUGUUUAGAUAUGAAAGUGAUUCAUAUAGAGACAAAAAUAUGUAGGGAACGAGAGGUAGGGAGAAGAAUGUGGCAACAGCGAAGCAACCAGCAGCUCUGUGACAACCCUGCACGCUACACUUUAGGACACACUACUCUCACCUCAGACCUCCAACCUAUGGAGUUGCUUGGACUGUAAGCCAGUCCAGGCUACGAAAUUCAACACUAGGUGCAUGCUGCCUAUUUUGGGGGGAGUAAAAUGGUUCUGAGAAUGUAUUUUCGCAAUCUCAGAUGGUUUUUCUAAGAGAGCUUGAGAUCUCCCUUAAGCUGAAGUCCUCUGUAAAACGAGUUUGACUUCAUUUCCAGUUCUCAGUGCAAGUCCUUGUAAGAUAAUCUUGAAUGUACCCCACAGACAUGCAGCACAGAGAAAGGCUUGAGACUGAAUGUACUAUACUAUCCUUCCCCAUUGGAGGAGUUGCUGUGUAGAUGUUUAUUUUUUAUCUUAUUGCAGUUCUACAGCUAAAUUUUAGUUUCUUAUUUGGUAGUGCCCAUACUUUGCAGUUUUGUAUCCUAUGAACAAACUGUUUAAAAGGACCAAGAUCAAAUGGAUAAGCGCCACGUUUUUUUUUUGCAUGCAAGACAUGGACAAAGAGACCCAAGGCAACUAUUACCAUGCAUGCAGACUUGCACACACAGCACUAAGACAAAGCACUUAUGCUGACCUAUACAUGUAUUUUUACAGGCACACAUUCAGACACUGAUAUUUUUGAGCUCUUGAUAUUUUUUUGAUGCAAUCAAAGACCUCAGUCCCACUACAUUUUCCUCUUACAAAUGCCACUUAGAGAGAGCAAGAGAGAAGAAUCAAAAUAAGUAUUUUUAAAGUAUUUUUAAAUGUUCUUUAUCUAUACACUUAUAUUUUAAAAAAUUAAUAAAAAUAAAAUGUGACAGGGAUAAAUAUAUAUAUAUAUAUAUACAGUCA